CCAAAACCAACCCGAUGACGAGCCCUACGAGCAACUCCAUAGCCAUCCAACCAUGAGCCAUGAUUUCCCAGAACAAAGCCAAAACCCUCCACCACCCGACUUCUUUCAACAACUUCUGGAGGGUCAACAACAACUUCUUACGGGAAUAGCUCAAAUGGACAACCGGCUCAACCGAUUAGAGGAAGAGCAAAGAGCCGGUUUUCAAAGAUUGGAGGAUGAGCAAAGGGCCGGCUUUCAACGUUUGGAGGAGCUCCGGGAGGCCGAUAGACACCGGUAUGAGGAAGACCAACAUAGGUUCUACGGGCCUAUGUACUCGUUUAUGGCACAGCAGGGAUCCUUCCAUACCAUGGCGAACCCUCCUCCACCACCCUCAUGGUAUGACCCCACUCAUUGGGGUAACUUUGGAGGAUCUGGCUCCGGUGGUGGAGGGUACGACGGCGGAGAUGGCGGGGACACUUACAUGGGAGAUGGGGGCCAAGGGAGCGGUUUUGGAGGGAGCUACUACGGAGGAGAAGGCGGGCACUAGGGACAGUGCGUGAUUCAAGUGCGGGGGAGACACUCAUGAUGGCACUCAUUAUAUCCUUAUGAAGAAUAUGAAGAUUCGAGAUAAAGAAGAAGAGAGGAGGAGAAAAGAAGACAACACUAGGAGGCCAUUAAACCCAAGAUGCUCUUUUGUAAUUUGAGUUCAAAACUCAUUUUUCUUUGUAAUCCUUGGUGGUCUUUGUGUUUGUAUUAUGUUUUUGUUGAACUGUGGAACUUUUGGACAAACAUUGACACUUGUAAACAUUUGAUCUUACUCGAGACGAGUAAAGGUUUA